AUGUCAAUCCAAACUUCCCCAACUGUGGUCGUACCUUUGUUUCCUGGUCAAGGGUCUUCACCCGCUGCCCUAGCUUUGGCUCUUCAGCAGGCCCUCCGUGACAUUCGCUCACCAUCUGGCCAAUUACUUUUGGCUUCAUGUCACGAGGCCUUCCACGCAGAGGUGUUGAAGCUAACAGCUGAUGAGCUCAACGAAACUCGCAUUUCCCUGGACGAUUUCCAGGACGCCACCUCCCUUCUAUCAUCUUCGAGCCUUUACCUGAACAAUUCCGUCAUUUCCAGCACCUCCCUCUUUCUCUUCCAAGCUCUGAGAUAUCUCGCUCAUUUCUCGGGUUCCCCAACGGAACCUAAUGGCCGUAGUACUUUUGCAGAUAACGCCGAUCACAGUCUUGGGGUGACCGGCUUCUCGUCUGGUAUCAUCACUGCAUGCGUGGUAGGAGCCUCCAACAGUAUCCUUACCUUCAUGUCGCAUGCAGUAGAGGCGUUCCGCCUAGCAUUUUGGAUCGGCGUCCGGUCUAUGCAGUAUAGAAACAAGGAGCUUCAAUCUGCUGUAGGCUUCCCUGACACAGGACUCCCUUGGACCAUCGUUUGUGUCGGCUUGAGUAAAGCCGAUGUCUUGGGCUUUAUCUCUGAUUUCGAAGCCAAGAACGAUUGCAAUUCUUCCCUCCACCUGACGGCCAUUUUAGAUACACAACACGUCACCGUUUCGGGUCGCCCUGAUAUCCUACAACGUUUCUCGUCCUCAAUCUCAAUUUCCAAAUCUUGCACCAUUCAUCCAACAACUGUAGAUGCUUUAUACCAUGCGCACGUCCUCCACAAUGUCCACGCCCAAGUCUUGGCUGAUGUCGGGAAACAUUCCAUCCACUUCCCUGAUUUCUCCGACCUCAAAUAUCCUGUAUUUUCGACCGUAUCUGGGCAGCCUGUGUUGCCGAGUUCUGAGCACUCCUCUCUUGUGGACGCAGUCCUUGACAUGAUAAUCGUGUCUCCUUCAGACUGGCUGUCCGUGGUACAGGGGCUCAGUAGUGCGGUACCGGCCAAUGUUCCCCCACAAGUAUUAAACUUCGGCCCUAGCUCUGGUCUUCUCCGAAUGCUGGAGAAAACUCUCUCGACCAAGAAAGCUACUUUCACGGACGCGGCUGUUUCUGAUUCCAGCAGCACCGGUGGUCCGACGGGGAACUUCAAACAAGAGCCGAUCGCAAUUGUUGGAAUGGCGCUUCGCUUGCCUGGUGGUGCAAGAAAUGCAAACGAGCUUUGGGAACUUCUCGAGCGAGGAAUUAAUACCAUUUCUGAGGCAUACCGGUUCGAAUUAGAGCGCUACACGUCCGCUAGCGCUAAAAGCGGCCGGGGGAUGAAGGCUCAUACCGCAAAUUUCAUAGAUUGUCCUGACGAGUUCGACUACAAAUUCUUCAAGGUAUCGCCCAGAGAAGCGAAGAGCAUGGAUCCACAGCAAAGACUGCUUCUGCACACCGCUCACGAUGCCCUUGAGAGUGCUGGUUAUGUUGCGGAUGCUACCCCGUCUUUCCAGCGCGAUCACGUUGGUUGUUUCAUCGGUACUGCUACCCAUGAUUAUGCAGACAAUUUACGGGAGGAUAUUGACGUGCAUUACAGCACAGGAACCCUCAAGGCUUUCCUUAGUGGCCGCAUAUCGUACGCGAUGCAGCUUGGCGGCCCUUCCAUGACGCUUGAUACUGCUUGUUCGUCGUCAAUCGUUGCCAUCCAUCAAGCCUGCCGUUCACUUGUGAAUGGGGACUGCAGUGCUGCAAUUGCAGGCGGAGUUAAUGUUAUGUCGAGUCCAGAUAUGUUUAUCGGCUUAGAUCAUGGGCAUUUCCUCAGCCCGACCGGCCAGUGCAAAUCUUUUGAUGCAUCGGCCGACGGCUACUCUCGAUCAGAGGGAUGCUCUCUCUUCGUCCUCAAGCGUCUUUCAGACGCAGUUGCAGAGAACGACGACAUUCUCGGUGUCAUCCGCGCCAUUGAUCUCAAUCAGAGUGGGCUGGCACAUUCAAUCACACACCCGCACGUACCUUCCCAGGUUUCUCUCAUGAACAGGCUCUUGAAGAACUCCGGCAUCGAUGCAUCGCGCAUCAGUGUCGUAGAAGCGCACGGUACUGGUACCCAGGCUGGAGAUUUCGCUGAACUCCAGAGUAUCCGUGCUGUUCUUUGCCGUGCUCGCGAUAGCGCAAACCCCCUUCAUGUCACUUCGAUCAAAGCCAACAUCGGUCAUUUGGAAGCUGCUUCUGGCGCCGCUGGACUUGCCAAACUUUUGCUCAUGUUCCAACACGAGACGAUUCCCGCUCAAAUCUCCCUCAAGAUAUUGAACCCACGUAUCACGCCGCUAACACAGGAUCAUACAGUCAUCGACACGGUCCCCACACCAUGGGUGCGCGGAUCGACGCCCCGCAUGGCGCUGCUCAACAACUUCGGAGCAUCAGGUUCAAACGGAGCACUCAUAGUGGAAGAAUAUAAAAAGCAAGCAAAAGCCCCAGCGAGUGGUACAUCUUACGUCUUUGGUAUCUCUGCCAAGACUCGCGAGGUUCUCGAAACUCUCCGCCUCCGCUACUUCGACUGGCUUCACGACGCCAGAAAUCGCUGGAUCCCCAUCAGCGACAUCGCAUAUACCGCCACCGCAAGACGACAGCUGUACCCUUUCAGAAUUUCAAUUGAUGUGGGGGGCAAGGAUCAGCUCGUCCAGGCUCUUGCGAGCGCUGAGGUGUCUCAUGUCGAGGGAGAGUUCGGUCAAGUCGUCUUUGUGUUCUCUGGACAAGGCAGCUAUUAUCGUGGCAUGGGGAAGCUCCUCUAUUCGAGCUCUCCGGUCUUCCAGCGCUGCAUCGACAGAUGUCACCGUUACCUCGUGUCUAAAGGCUUUGCGGGUAUCCUUCCAAGCAUCAUCGGAGGGGCCGCGGAUAGUGGGUCGGAUGAAAUGGAAGAGUUCGAAGCAUCUCAAACUUCUACGAUGGCGCUAGAAGUCGCGUUGGCGACUGUGUGGAUACAUUGGGGUUUGACGCCUGCCACAGUUGUUGGGCACAGUCUCGGUGAAUACGCUGCUCUGGUCAUUGCCGAGGUCCUCUCGCUCGAGGCAGCCUUGUUUUUGGUCGCAUCACGCGCUCGCCUCACAUGGCGCGGUUGUGUGCCAGGUGCAACAGGCAUGUUGGCUGUCAGGCUCGGGGAGCAGCAGAUCAAUACCGUUCUGAAAUCUGGUUCAUACCCGGAUCUCUCUGUCGCUUGCGUCAACAGUGAUCGUGCCUGUGUCGUUUCUGGCGCACUGCCUCAGCUGCAAGCUCUGACAAAGGAGUUGGCGAAUACAGGAUCCAAAGCCCGUCUGUUGGACGUUCCUUAUGGAUAUCACAGCAAAGCAAUGGACCCAGUUCUGGAUGAGCUUACCCAGUUGGCACGCACCGUACCCUUGUCUUCACCAAAGGUGUCCGUCGGUUCCACCGUUCUUGGCCGACUUGUUCCCGCAGGAGACAGUUCUACCUUCGACGCAACCUAUUUCUCCUCGCAUUUCCGCCAGCCCGUCCUUUUCGCCCCAACUAUUGAUGUCCUGUGCAAGCACCCCUCGCUUCCAAAGGUAGAUGCCUGGAUCGAGAUGGGACCCCAAGCGUCAUGCUUGUUGAUGAUACGCGCUUGUGCAUCUGCUCCCACCGAAGCGGCGCUAUUGCCUUCGUUGAGCAAGAACGACAACGCUACUCUCACAUCCAGCCUGUCCCAGCUCUACAGAACAAGUGCUCCCUUGAACUGGCGGAAUGUCUUCUCGGAGCUGUCCCCAGCGAACUGCGCUGAUCUGCCACCAUACCCGCUUGAGAGGAACAAGAUUUGGGUGCCAUACAAAGAACCUUCCUACGAACCUACUGCGUCAGCUAAAGCCGUGGCACCAGCACGAAGCGCAGCGCCGCAAAAGGCCAUAGCACCUGCACCUGCACCAGUACGAAGCGCAGCACCUGCACGAACCCCAGCACCAACACGAAGCGCGCCUCCACAACCGACCAUUCCGAAAGCUGAUAUGAUAUCUGAAUACACCAUGCUUGGAUGGUGGGUGCAGUACCCAUCGCACGAGAACGGCAACUCGGCCAGUUUCGACACUCCCAUUGAAGUUCUCGGUCCGUUCAUCGAAGGACACAAGGUUGCAGGGCACUACCUAUGCCCGGCAUCAAUCUACCUUGAACAAGUCAUUUCUGGUGCAGAUCUUUCACGCCGCCACCGCAACUUCGAUUUCGGGAAGAGCUUCGCUGUCCUCAAGAACGUCACUUUUGCGAAACCGCUUGUCUACCAUCCCCAAGUCAACCGCGUGGUUCGUACGCACGUCACCAUUCAGGAGGAUGGUACUGGUUCUUUCACUGUGACAUCCAGACUGCAGUCUUCUUCGGAUGAAUCGGCUCACGUCCACGGAGAGAUACGCUUCCAAUCCACCAAGGAGAUCGGUGCUAAUCUCGACAACGAAUUCAGCCUCAUGCCCAAACUUAGUGUUUCGGAGGUUGGUUCACGGAAGGAAGGUCAAGCAGAGGUGUACAACACCCGAACCCUAUACGAAGUCGUCUUCCCCCGUGUUGUCGAAUACUCCGCAAAGUACCACACCAUCCAGUCUCUGACUGCCAGCGCGAAUGGAAUGGAUGGUGUAGCGCAGGUCAAGCUUCCAGAUGCCCCACGACACUCCUUUGCCGCUCAUCCCGUCUUUGCCGACACCCUCCUCCACUCUGUUGGAUUCCUAGCGAAUACGCAAGGCGCUGUUGGUGAUGCUUAUAUCUGCAGCGACGUCGGAUCAUUCCAGAUGCUGUCCGAGUUCAUUGAUCACCAGCAAACAUACACUUUCCAUUGCCGCGGGUCGUGGACGUCCUUUGAGAAUGUCUUUGUCGCUGAGGCUUUUGCUGUCCAAGACCAAGAGCCUCGCCGUGUUGUUGCGCUUAUGAGAGGUAUCCAAUUCAAGCGUGUGCGCAUGAAAGGUCUUGCUCUAGCUUUGAAGAUGGCAGCAGACGCUGUCCCUGCGCAGUCACGCAAUCGGACCGACUCAACCAGCGAUGUGCAGACAAGUGAUUCGAGCAGGCCAUCUUCGCCGGAAACUCUAGUGUCUGAGGAUGACGUUAGCGUCCGCGUCAAAGAUAUCAUUGCGCAGGUUCUCGGCCUUCCUAGUGGCGAUAUACAAGAUCAUUCCGACUUCAAAUCGCUCGGCCUUGACUCCCUCAGUUCAUUAGAAGCUCUACACGCGCUCAAGACCGAGCUUAACGCUGACCUUCCUCACGACGCAUUCGAGUCCCAUUCCACGAUCGCAUCCUUGACCGCUCUCCUCGAUAAAUCACCUUCCCCCAAGAAGUCGUCGGUAAAAUCCCAGGCAUCGCCUGCUAGAUCCGUUGCAUCGACAGUAACAGUGUCCGGUGAUGACAGACGCGCCCGCAUCAGAGAUGUCAUCGCAGGGGUACUUGGCCUUCCGGUUUCCGAUAUAGAAGAUGACUCUGACUUCAAAUCCCUCGGCCUCGACUCCCUCAGUUCAUUAGAGGCUCUGCACGCUCUCAAAACCGAAGCCAAUAUCGACCUUCCUCACGAUGCAUUCGAGCCGUUUUCCUCAAUCGCAUCCUUGAGCUCUUUUCUCGAUAAAUCCAGCCCCUCUGAGAAAUCCGUAGAAAGAUCCUCCCAGAAGUCUGUGGAAAGAUCCCAACCGCAAGCAGCUGAGACGACAGAAACAGUGUCUGGUGGUGACAGAAGCAUCCGCAUGAGAGGUAUUAUCGCGGAGGUGCUUGGCCUUCCGGUUUCCGAUGUAGAAGAUGACUCCGACUUCAAAUCGCUCGGCCUUGACUCCCUCAGUUCAUUAGAGGCUCUGCAUGCGCUCAAAACCGACCUCAAUAUCGACCUCCCACACGAUGCAUUCGAAUCUCACUCCUCAAUCGCAUCCUUGAAUGCUUUUCUCGAUAAAUCCUCUUCUCCGAAGAAGUCCUCGGGAAGAUCGUCGGCGAGAACAUUGCAACCCGCAUCGUUUGAUGCUCGCAUGUCACGACUCCAAUCCGGCAAAGACGAAAGCGCUGCCCCGCUGCUUCUGAUCCACGAUGGUAGUGGCUUGAUCAAUCAUUAUAGCCGUUUGACGCCGAUGCAGCGGGAUGUCUAUGGUCUCUCCAACCCCAGUCUUAUUACCGGUGGAAAAUGGGAGAGUGUUGAGCAGAUAGCAGAAUCCUACACCAACGCCGUUCUGGCUGAGAAAACAAAGCAGAUCAUCAUUGGCGGAUGGUCAUUUGGUGGCGUUGUGGCCUUCGAAGCCGCUAAGAGGCUCAUUCGGAAUGGCGUCCGCGUCCGCGGCAUCGUCCUCAUCGACGUUCCUUGUCCUGGCAAACACGUGCCCCUUUCAUCAUCUGUGAUAGACCACGUCACGAGUUCGCACUCCCAAGGAAUUGACUCAGCAACCAUAAGUCUCAUUGGGGAACAAUUCAAAGAAAGCACGCGACUCCUUUCUGUCUACAAACCAUCUCUCGAAAAACUUGACAUUCCGGUAGCCUUCCUUCGCUCGUCUGAGGGGUAUGCUCCCGCGGGUUUGGACGUUCCUCACUGGUUGCAAUACCGUGGAAGCGAAACUGCCGUCGUUGGCGAAUGGGAAGCUCUCACACAGUCCCCUGUAAAGACUUGGGCGAUUCCCGGUGACCAUUUCGCACCUUUCACUCCCGAAAACAUCGAACAAACAUCACAGCAGCUCAAGGAUGCGUGUCAGUUUGUGGAAAGGCUAUAGAGGAUACCCUGCAUUUUUUAUUUCACUUGCUCCAUACCACGUUAGAUUUUGUUUGUGCAUAGAUCUCUUUUCUUUUUCCGGGUCCUGCUUGCAUCUCAUAAAUUCCUUUCUCAUUACUCAUGAUUCUGCAUCUCUGUAUUUAUAUAGCCAAUUGACUGUCACGCGACUCUUCCGUCUGUCGAUGCAAUUAAGUUUCGAUGUAUACAUUUAGGCCACAGAUCGAAAGGCAAUGGAAUAAAUGGCUUUGUUCAAUGAUUC